AAGUUUUCAAAAUGGCAGACAAACCAAAAGGAAAACGAGAUGCAGACGAAGGAAAAGACAAAUCUAAUGAAGAUAAUAAUGACAGUGAUGAUGGUUGGGUUGGACCAAGUCCUAACGAAGCUGCCAAGACUAAAAAACGCAAAACCUUGGCAUUUGAGCAAGUAUAUUUAGACAGUCUUCCCUGCGCAGAAUACUAUGAGAAAAGUUACAUGCAUAGAGAUGUAAUCAACCAUGUAGCUGUCAGCAAAACUGGGUUUAUAAUCACCGCCAGCUGUGAUGGCCAUGUAAAGUUUUGGAAAAAAUCAGUCGAGUCUGGUAUUGAAUUUGUCAAACACUUUCGGAGUCAUCUAGGCACAGUGGAAGAUCUGGCAAUGUCAGCUAAUGGUGAACUCUGUGCAACUGUUUCAUCUGACAAAAAUGCUAAGGUCUUUGAUGUACUCAACUUUGAUAUGAUCAACAUGUUAAAACUGGGUUUUUAUCCUGGAUGUGCUGGCUGGUUGUACAAAGCUGGGGACCCAGUAUCAACACUUGCAGUAUCAGAAAAAGACACUCCAAAAAUUUACAUUUAUGAUGGACGAGGGACAAGUACACCACUUCAUGUUUUGGAAAAACUUCACUUUGCUCCUGUUGUUCUUAUACAUUAUAACCAUAUUCUUGAGUUUGCUGUUUCUACGGAUAAAAAAGGCAUGGUUGAAUACUGGUCUGGUCCUAAAAAUGACUACGGCUUUCCUAGAAAUCUCAAGUGGGAGUUUAAAACUGACACUGAUUUGUAUGAUUUUAUAAAGUGCAAAUGUGAACCAUUAUCUGUAACAUUUUCACCUAAUGGUCAACUCAUGGCAGUUUUAGCCACUGACAGAAAAAUUCGUAUUUAUAAAGUUUUGACCGGAAAGUUAUGGAAAGUUUUAGAUGAGUCGAUUAAACAGUUUACAGAACUACAGCAGCAAAAACAACAGAUUCCUAAUAUGGAAUUCAGCAGGAGAGUGGCGGUUGAAAAAGAUUUAGAAAAAUCCCCAACCUAUCAUGAGUGCAACCUAGUUUUUGAUGAGAGUGGAUAUUUUUUGUUAUAUGCAACUAUGUUGGGAAUCAAAGUGAUAAACCUUCACACCAACACAUGUGUCAGAUGGCUGGGUAAAUCGGAGAACAUCAGAUUUCUCCACCUGGGCUUGUUUCAGGGUGCAGGGAAAACCACUCAGCCCAUCGACGCUGAAAUGGCAGCCUCUGAUAACCCCAUUCUGAAGAACGUUUUCGUUGAUCCAAUACUGGUGUGUACAGCGUAUAAAAAGCCCAGGUUUUUUUUGUUCAGUAGGAGAGAGCCUGAUGAUUCAAGAAGUGCUGACAGUGAAAGAGAUGUGUUCAAUGAAAAACCAUCAAAAGAAGAAAUUAUUGCAGCCACCCAGGAUGCCUCAUACAUGCGGGUUUCAGAGAACUGUGUUAUUCACACCACACAAGGAGACAUUCACUGUAAAAUUUUUGCCAAAGAAUGCCCAAAAACAGCAGAAAAUUUCUGUGUGCACGCUCGCAAUGGUUACUUCAACAAUCAUUUGUUUCACCGAGUCAUCAAAGGUUUCAUGAUUCAGACUGGAGACCCCUUAGGCAACGGAACUGGUGGUGAGUCUAUAUGGGGUGGUGAAUUUGAAGAUGAAUUUCAUCCCAACUUGCGUCAUGACAGACCUUACACGUUGAGCAUGGCCAAUGCUGGACCAGGAACUAAUGGAUCUCAGUUUUUCAUCACAGUGGUUCCAACUCCCUGGCUGGACAACAAACACACAGUGUUUGGUCGUGUUGUUAAAGGCAUGGAAGUGGUUCAGACCAUCAGCAAUGUUAAAGUCAACCCUAAAACGGAUAAGCCUUAUGAUGACAUAAGAAUCAUUAGCAUCACCAUUAAAUAGUCCCUGACAAUUUUGUUGCUGUGUCUGAAGUUCUUGUUUCUGUAUCAAUAUACUACACAUUUUUGUAAAUACUUUUACAUGGAACAUUACCAUUCAAAAUUGGUAAAUACAAAAAAAUAAAAACAUCUGACAAAGUAUUUCCAAUGUUGAAUAAAAAAAUCAUUUUUAUAAUAGGUGCCAUG